ACCAAACGGUUCAAACCCACUCUUUAAAAUGGCGUCUCUCAAUCUCACCAUCUCCGCCAUUACCACCGCCAUUUCCAUUUCUUCCUUUUCUUCACUCCCUCUCUCUCCUCUCUAACACUCUUAUUUAUCUCUCUAUUUCUCCAUUUCCGCCCCCCACGACGGCCAUGACUGACCAAGAAGUUGUUAUCACCGAUGUUCCCCUCCCCGAGAAGCCCAACAAGGACCUUCCGCCUCUGCCGGACUCUGCCGUGAAGGCGGAACCACAGGUUACUGAUGCGGCGGAGACUGAAGUUUUGAAACCUGCCGGUGAUGACAAAGUACCGGCGGAUGGUGAUUCGUUCAAGGAGGAGAGCACUAAACUUGCUGAUCUUUCUGAUUCCGAGAAGAAAGCUUUGGAGGAGUUUAAGCAGCUUGUUCAGGAAGCGCUUAACAAGCACGAAUUCACUGCUCCGCCUCCUCCUCCCUCGACAUUGCCGGCUAAAGUUGAUGAAGCGCCGGCGGAGGAGGUCGUUGUGGAGAAGACAGAUGAAGUGAUCGAUGAUGUGGAGAAGCGCUCCGAUGAAAAAGAAGAGCCGACGAAAUCCGAGGAUAAAAUCGCCGGAACAAAUGAAGAAGAAGGAGUAAAGGCAGAGAAAUCAAACGAAACGACGCCUCCUGCAGAGGAGAAAGAGGUGGUCGCAGUGAAAACCGAAUCGGCCGUGGACGACGACGGAGCGAAAACAGUCGAAGCAAUCGAAGAGACUAUCGUCGCUGUUGCUGUCUCUGCCGCAGCACCAUCAGAGGAAGCUGUAGAAACAGCGGCCAACCCUCCGCCGACUGCGGUGGAGCCAGAGGAGGUUUCAAUUUGGGGAAUACCACUACUAGCGGACGAGAGAACCGACGUGGUACUGCUGAAAUUCCUUCGAGCAAGGGAUUUCAAAGUGAAAGAGUCAUUGGCGAUGCUGAAGAACACGAUCCAAUGGAGACAGGAUUUCAAAAUCGACGAACUCUUGGAGGAAGAUUUAGGAAGCGAUUUGGAGAAAGUAGCGUUUAUGCACGGAUCAGACAAAGAAGGGCAUCCAGUUUGUUACAAUGUGUACGGAGAAUUUCAGAACAGAGAGCUUUACCAGAAAACAUUUUCCGACGAGGAGAAACGGGAGAAAUUUCUCCGGUGGAGGAUUCAGUUUCUGGAGAAAAGCAUCAGGAAAUUGGAUUUCAAUCCUGGUGGAAUCUGCACCAUUGUUCACGUGAACGAUCUCAAGAACUCUCCAGGGCUGGGAAAAUGGGAACUCAGACAAGCAACCAAACAUGCUCUUCAGAUCUUCCAAGAUAAUUACCCUGAAUUUGUUGCGAAACAGGUGUUUAUCAAUGUUCCUUGGUGGUAUUUGGCUGUGAAUAGAAUGAUUAGUCCGUUUUUGACUCAUAGAACUAAGAGCAAGUUUGUGUUUGCUGGACCUUCUAAAUCUGCAGAUACCCUUCUGAGGUACAUAACAGCGCAAGAGCUGCCAGUGAAGUAUGGAGGAAUGAGCAAAGAUGGAGAAUUUGAGACAUGCGAUAGAGUCACUGAAAUUACAGUAAAACCCUCAGCCAAACACACAGUCGAAUAUCCUGUCACUCAGGCAUGCGCCGUGACAUGGGAGGUUCGGGUGGUAGGAUGGGAUGUGAGCUACGGUGCGGAGUUCGUGCCGAGCGGAGAAGGAAGCUACACAGUCAUAAUUGACAAGGCUAGAAAAAUUGUCUCCUCUUCUCAAGACCAUCCUGUUCUUUCAAACACCUUCAAAAUCUCUGAGCCUGGUAAGGUGGUCCUGUCCGUAGACAAUCCUACCUCUAAGAAGAAGAAACUCCUCUAUCGCUUCAAGACCAAAUCUCUAUGAAAAUUUACAUUCUCAACCCUUUGUUAUAUAUUUCUUCCUCCCCCCAAAAAAAUUAUAAUUUUGAAGUUCCUUCUUUUUUCCUCCUAUAUUUCUUGUUGUGAGAUGUCCUUUUUAAUAUUCCUUUUUCAAGCUCUUGGGUGUAAUGUAAUCUAAUUAUGGUUCAUGUUUUUUU